CCCGGCGCCAUGGAGCCGGUGACGCCCCUGGAGCUGCUGUGCCUGGGCUCCAGCCUCGCCUUCUCGGGGCUGUGCUACUACCUGUACCGGAGGAAGGCCGGCGUGGCGGCGCGCGUCCAGGAGGCCCCCAAGCUGCAGGUGGACGAUGAUUUACCGGCGCUGCUGACCGCUGCCCAGGGGAGGUGCCUGCCCUACGUUGCCCUGGAAGGCAUCGUGCUGCCAGCCAAGGCGGCGCUGUGCAGCCAGUACCACGGGGGGAUGCAGGGCGUGAUCCAGAAGCUGCUUCUGAAAGAGCAUCGGCUGAUCUGGAACAGCUUGGCACGGAGCUGGACCGAGAGCGAGCGGGUGCUGUCGGAGCAGGUCUACACCGUCCCCUUUCUGCUGGCCUCGCCGGACGCCGAGGCGGCGACGCAGGUGAGCGUGGAGAGCCCGCUGCGAGCCGUCUGCCUGCCCCUGGAGACGGUGUACGAGCGCUUCCAGCAGCCGGCCCACGGCUUCCGCGACCUGCUGGGCCACUACCUGAGCGGGGAGAAGCCCAAGGGCAUCCUGGAGACCGAGGAGAUGCUGCGGGUGGGGGCGGCGCUGACGGGCAUCGGGGAGCUGGCCCUGCACCCCGACGGCUCGCUGCACCUCCAGCCGCCGGCCCGCGAGGGCGAGUAUUUCUUGUGCCUGGGGGACUGGCAGGCGGUGCUGGCGGAGCUGGAGGCGGCCAGCGGCUUCUGGAAGGGGGCGGCGGCGCUGUGCGCGGCGCUGGGGCUGGCCGUCCUCCUCCACGCCGUGUGCCGGGCCCUCCGCCACGCGCGCCUCAAGCGGGAGCCCGAGGACAAGGAGCCGGAGGGCGAGGAGGAGGCCGAAGGGCUGGAGGAGUCGUGCGUGGUCUGCCUCAGCCGGCCCCGCGAGUGCGUCCUGCUGGGCUGCGGCCACAUCUGCUGCUGCUUCCGCUGCUUCCAGGCCUUGCCCACACGCCUCUGCCCCAUCUGCCGGGGGCCCAUCGACCGCGUGGUGCCCCUCUACCAGGCCUGAGGGCGCCUUUUGGGGUGGGGGGGGGGGGGCGCAGGGAGGGGCAGCGCCCACCGAGCCCAGCCCCGAGGCUGGGGGAACCUCGGGGGUCCAGCAGCGCUUGGCUGUGUGGUUCCUGCUGGGGAGGGACAGAUCCCAGAGUGCCCCCGUGUGUUUUGGGGGAACCUACAGCCCACCCACCCUGUUUGUCUGCCAAAGGAAGCCCCCGGGGGCAACGUACUCUUGGUGCCUGACGUAAGGAGUCCCCUGCACCCUCUGGGCCUGUUUCCGAGCCCUGACCCCCCCUCCCCCCCCCCCAAGAAGGCACGUGGCUUUUUUCCUCGUGUUGCUUUUCCAGUGUGAAGCUUUGUCUGUGAGUAGAACAGGGCCGGGGGGAGACCCCAUGGCCAGCGGGGCACAGCUGGGGAGGGCAGGGGCCGGGCACAACGCCCCCCUCCCCGCCCCCGGAGCCAGCACCGUGCCACACCUGGGUGCCAGCACCCCCCUACCUCGUGCCUGCACCCCGUACGCAGGCUGCUUGGGGACAGGUACCCCCUUCACCAGCUGCUCUGGCACCCAGGAGGGGGACAGGGGCACCCUGCCCGUGCCUCCAGCACCCGCUGAGCCCCGCACACC